AUGAGAACUGCCGCCAUCGUUUCCGUGUUUUCUACGCUCGCCGCCGGCUUCAACUUUCAGAGGAGGAAUCCAGUGAAUUAUGAGGGAUACCAGGUUCUCCGAGUAAAAACGCUCAACCAAUUGGCAACUGUGCAAGCCAAACUUGCCACAAUUCCUCAUGAAAAAUGGAACCACGACGUCGAUACUCACAUUGACAUCGUGAUUUCGCCAAACCAAGUCAGCAGUGUUGAGUCAUUUGGGCUAGACUACCGCAUCCUGCACAAAGACCUCGGCGAGUCAAUCGCCGCCGAAUCUCGAGUUCGCACCGCAUAUAAGCGCGACAUCGACGAUCUUUCGUGGUUCGACUCGUACCACUCGUAUACGGACCAUGUCCAAUACUUCACCGACCUCCACGAAGCCUUUCCUGGAAACUCUGAGCUUGUGUACUCGGGGCGGUCGUUCGAGAAUCGGACAAUUCACGGAAUCCACCUUUUCGGCGACGAGGGUCCGGGAAAGCCUGCCGUACUCUACCAAUACGAUAGUGGUACUGUUCACGCAAGAGAAUGGAUUGCAGCCCCUGUAAUUGAGUAUAUUACUCUACAGCUGAUCAACGCACACAAGAACGCCACCAAUGCUUCGGAUUCCAUCUUGAAUCAAUAUGAUUUUCACAUCUUCCCCAUCGUCAAUCCAGAUGGCUUCACAUUCUCCCAGGAAGUCGAUCGUCUCUGGCGCAAGACACGCACCCCCCCACCUUUGAAUUCAACUUGCUACGGAACCGACAUCAACAGAAACUGGGAGUACGGAUGGGACGCAAAUCCGUUUGGCGCUUCUACUAACCCGUGUGCCCAAUCCUACCGCGGCCAGAAGCCUUCAGACACCAUCGAAAACCAAGGCCUAGACGCUUACGUUCGCAAGCUGCGCGAUACCAGCCGUGUCAAAUUGUAUAUUGACUGGCACAGUUACGGCCAAUAUAUUCUUUCACCCUUCGGUUCCAAGGAGACGUGGUAUGCUCCCGAGCUCGGUAAGUGGACCAAGACUGCUUCGGUGCUCAGCGAGGUCAUCCGUGACAGCUCCGAGAGACGCACGACUUUUACAUUCGGGCCCAGCGGUGCUACCCUCUAUACUACCACGGGGGCAGCACCUGAUCAUGUUUACGCGAUUGGCGGCGCGGACUUCUCUUAUACUAUUGAGCUUCCUGAUACAGGCGAUUUCGGCUUUGUCUUGCCUCCCGAUCGCAUUCUUGGCGCCGCGGAGGAGCAGUGGGAAGGACAACAGGUGCUGUAUACUUUGUUGGACGAGGUAUUUUUUGAUGGAAUAGGGGCUGCCUAA